AUGGCAUUCUUUCUUACUCUUGUUUUGUUUUUCAUUGCCAGAGUUUGUGCCAGCCCACCUGUCUUCAUCGGCCAUUUCUGUUCGUAUGAUAGGGGGAACUUCACCAGCAACAGUACGUAUAAGACCAACCUCGAUCAUGUCCUCACCACUAUUGCAACUGCCAAAGAUACUGGCAAUGGCUUUUACAGUUUUUCCUACGGGAAAAACUUAGACAAAGCCAAUGCUAUUGGCCUCUGCCGAGGCGAUCUUAUGUUUGAUGUAUGUCAAAGCUGCCUCAUUGACUCUAUAUAUCUUCUGAAAAAUCUAUGUCCUCAGCAGAAAGAAGCAAUUGGGUGGUUUGACAACUGUAUGCUUCGCUAUUCAAGCUCUUCCAUAUUUGGUGUAGUGGAUACUCGACCCAAAAUCUACACGUGGUCGACAGUCAAUAUAACAGAGGAAGCUAUGUUCAGCCAGAAGUUAAAAUUGUUGCUGGAUAGCUUGAAAAACAAUACCUCUUCAGGUGGUUCUCUAAUGAAGUAUGCAACUGGAGACGUAGUUGCAGAGAGGCUCUGGACAAUAUAUGGGCUUAUGCAAUGCACACCUGACCUGUCUCAGCUACAAUGUGAUGAGUGCUUAGAGUCAGCGUUGCAAGCAAUCCCACCAUGCUGUAGCGAAGGAAUGAAAGUUUUUUUACCCAGCUGUCAUGCCAGAUAUGAACCGUACAUCUUCUUUGAGUUUUCUUCUAAGUGGAAACGACCACUGCAACCGCACCCAACUAGUACCAUGUCUACAGGGGGAAAGAAGUUCAAAAUACGAAGUGUCAUUGUGAUAGUUCUUCCACUUGUGGCGGUUUUGGCAUUAUUGACCACCGGGAUCUUUAUCUUUUGGAGAUCCAGAAAGUUGAGGGAAAGACGAGAGACUAGUGAUGGUGAUAUUAACUCUGUGGACUUCUUGCAAUACGACUUUAAGACGAUCAGAGGUGCAACCAAUGACUUUUCAACUGCCAAUGAACUUGGACGAGGUGGAUUUGGCAUCGUUUAUAAGGGUAAACUUCUCAAUGGACAAGAAGUGGCUGUAAAAAGGCUAGCUCGAGGAUCUCAACAGGGAGACCUUGAAUUUAAGAAUGAAGUUUUAUUGGUUGCCAAGUUGCAGCACCGGAAUCUGGUUCGUCUUCUAGGCUUUUGUUUCGAGAGAAGUGAAAGACUUCUAAUCUACGAGUUUUUACCUAAUUCAAGCCUAGAUCGUUUCAUAUUCGAUCCAAUGCAGCGCCAAUAUUUGGACUGGCCAAGACGUUACAAAAUUAUAGUAGGCAUCAGUCGUGGCCUCAUGUAUCUCCAUGAAGAUUCUCGAUUCAAAGUCAUCCAUCAUGAUCUUAAAGCUAGUAAUAUAUUAUUAGAUGCAGAACUAAAUCCAAAAAUUAACGACUUUGGAAUGGCAAGAUUGUGUUCGAACAAUCAAUCCAAUGGUGAUACAAGUAAAAUUAAAGGAACAUAGUAAGUCUCUUUUGCCCCCUUUUUUUAAAGUCGAGGAAUUGAAUUCUCUUGAAAAAUUAGUUUCUUUUGGGAGACAGACAAUUAUUGAACUUAAAAGUAUUUAUUUAUUUCAAGUGGAUACAUGGCCCCAGAAUAUGCAUUGUAUGGACAUUUCUCAGUAAAAUCAGACGUAUUUAGUUUUGGUGUCCUUCUUUUAGAGAUAGUGAGUGGCCAGAAGAACGGUAGCUUUCAAGACGGUGAAAAUAUAAAGCAUCUUUUGAGCUAUACAUGGGAAAACUGGACGAAAGGAACAAUUGCAAAUAUUAUAGACCCAAUAUUGAGUGGAACUUGCAUUGAUGGAAUCAUAAGAUCCACUCAUCUAGGAUUAUUAUGUGUUCAAGAAGAUGCAGAUAGCAGACCAACCAUGGCUUUUGUUGUUCUCAUGCUGAAUAGCAACUCCUUCACUCUUCCUGCACCAACACGGCCUGGAUUUUUGCUGCAUAGUAGAUCAUCGAACAUUGCACAGCAAUUUAAUUGCUCAGAAGGUUCUCAAUUUAGCCCAUCUGCGAGCAAUUCUAUUGAAGAAGAAUCAUCAAACCAGUUUAACCCAUAUUCUAGGGACUUGGAAUGAAGAAACAACCUCGACUUAACAUUUAUGUGAACAGGCAAUACUAACCUUUUCAUGUGCAUAGUUCUUUAGUCCAUGUCUUUAGUGAUUUUCUGUGGAGAAAUAAGAAUAACUCUAGGGUAUUUCUAACCCAGGCUUUUAAAAGUUGAUAUUGAGAAAAAUGUCCCAUCUCAAUUUUAAGGUGAUUUAGACAGAAUUGUGAUAUAUAUUUCUAAAAA